AUCACUCUCUCUCUCUCUCUCUCAUUCGUCAACGGUGCGAAUCCUCCAUUGUAGGCCGUUCUUCAAGCUCGGAGAAUGUGGAGUUGCAUCUAUUUUCCGAUGCUACUCUUUGCUUGGAAUGAUAUCAGUGUGGCGAAAGCUACCGAAUCGUCUGCGUCGAUUUUUCUCCCUAGUCAAACCGGAGUUGACGGUUCUCGGAGUCCUGUUUGCUCCGCGCCGGAUCCGAACCUUAACUACAGGCCCGUCAUCGGUAUUUUGAGCCACCCUGGCGAUGGCGCGUCCGGUAGGUUGACCAAUGAUACGAGCUCGACGUACAUCGCAGCCUCGUAUGUGAAAUUCGCUGAGGCAGGUGGAGCUCGUGUUAUCCCACUCAUCUACAACGAGCCUGAAGAAUUGCUCUUUCAGAAGCUAGAACUGGUCAACGGUGUGAUAUUCACUGGUGGUUGGGCUAAAAAGUAUGAAUAUUUCGAGACCGUCAAAAAAAUCUUCAAUAAAGCUUUGGAGAGAAAUGAUGCUGGUGAGCAUUUUCCAGUUUAUGGCAUUUGUCUAGGAUUCGAGCUUAUGUCAAUUAUCAUUAGUCAGAACAGAGACAUUCUUGAACGAUUUGAUGCUGAAGAUAAUGCAUCAAGUCUCCAAUUUGUUGACAACGUUAAUCUUGAUGGAACUUUAUUCCAAAGAUUUCCUCCACAGUUGUUGAAAAAACUCAGUACAGAUUGUUUGGUUAUGCAGAAACACAAGUAUGGUAUCACACCAGCAAACUUUCAAGGCAAUCCUGCUUUGUCUAGUUUUUUUGAAAUCCUCACAACCUGCAUUGAUGAAAACAGCAAGACUUAUGUUUCAACUGUUAAAGCAAAGAAAUACCCAAUAACUGGUUUCCAGUGGCAUCCUGAGAAAAAUGCAUUUGAAUGGGGAUCAUCGGAGAUUCCACACUCUGAGGAUGCAAUUCAGGUGACACAGCAUGCUGCAAGUUAUUUAGUGAGUGAAGCUAGGAAGUCACUGAACAGACCACCAUCUAAGAAAGUACUGAGCAAUCUCAUAUACAAAUAUAAACCUACAUACUGUGGAUACGCAGGGAGGGGUUACGACGAGGUCUACAUUUUCACACAACCAAGAUCCCGAUUCUAAGAACUUACUCGUCUUCUUGAGUAUUUGUGUUUGAAACGCUGAUUUCAAUUUGGUCAGCGGAUUGUUUCGCUCGCCUGCAUUAUUCCCCUGUUAGUGUUUUGUGAAUCUGUCUCGAACCAUCAAAUGAUGAACUCUUGUGUGAUUGAUUGGCUCGUCUAUACACGUAAUAGAGUAAAGAACAUGACUUUUGAGAUUAAUUACCAAAA